AUGGCCGAAUCGAUCCAGGACGGUCCAGACGACGACGUGGUAUACAUCACUUCUCCUCCCGCAGAGGGUAUUGAUCCCGACGCUUCGCGUGAGUUCCUCGACCUUUUCCGUACGUGGAAUGGGCGAGAUAUUCCCCUCGCGUCCUAUUACAUUGAUAACCUUUCCCACGAUAUCGAAUUCCAGAACCUGAUGCGCUGGGUCACCGAUCCUGACACAGGUGAUACCGCCAUGCACGUCGCGGCCGCUGUUGGAAAUAUGAAAGCCUUCGAUGCCACUGCACAGAGCUUUGGGAGGGAAUGGGAUCGCAACAGCUGGUUUAAGACCUGUUUCAGAGCCGUCUUCUUCCUUCGAAACAAGGCCGGAGAUACCAUCUUCCAUGUCGCAGCCCGCACCGGCCGUCUGGACGUCAUCAAUGCGGCCUGGCAUCACUUCUGGCAGUUCGAAACCGAUGUCGACCUUCUGUGGGUACCCGACUACAUUGUAGCUACUGUUCUUCUGGCCAGGAAGAACGCUGUUGGGCACACGGCCGCUGAUGAGGCUACUAUUUCUGGCUAUGCGGACGUCGCGGAGUGGUUAAAUCAAGGGCUGGAUCGCGUUACUCUUGGCGGUAAAAGAGCUACAAAGAGUAGGAUGGCUAGAAUGGAGGAGCUAGUCGACGGUCGCUACGAUAUCGAUGAACACCAUCUCACCUGGGAUCAAAUUCCACGGGUAGGGCUAUACUAUCCUCCUAAGUACAGAUCCUAG